AGAACUGUUAUAAUGCCAUUGAUUUUCUAAUCAACAUCUGCCGUCUCUGUUAACAUAGGUUAUUGUUCAGGUGAAGCUAGAUAUAAGUUGUUUCAAGAAAGAAGCAAGCUAUAUUGGUAACCAUUUUUGAAGAACUUUUAUGAAAUAUAUCUUGCAGCACAAGUUAAUUUUGAUGAAAAUAUUUCUAAUAGUGAGGACAACUGUGUUUUCCAAGCACAGUUGCUUCGUGCUGCGCACUCUGACAAUCCCAGAGCUUCCAUCGUAGUCAUCAUCCGUGUCAUGCCCUCUGUCUACUGCUGGCGCGCUACAGAGGCAGUCCCCGCCCACAAGGAUCCCCGGCUCCUCCGACCUGCUGGCAGGGCAGCGCCGCGCUGACUGGCUCGCAGCAGAUGCCAGGCGAGGAGGCGGCGCCCUGACCCCGUGACGGCAGCGCCUCCCCCAGGAUGCAGCACGUCUCCGCCGAGUCCCCGCAGCAGUUCUGCCUGCGCUGGAACAACUACCAGAGCAACCUGACCAACGUGUUCGACCAGCUGCUGCAGAGCGAGUCCUUCGUCGACGUGACGCUCGCCUGCGACGGCCACUCCGUCAAGGCGCACAAGAUGGUGCUGUCGGCGUGCAGCCCCUACUUCCAGGCGCUCUUCUUCGACAACCCCUGCCAGCACCCCAUCGUCAUCCUCAAGGACAUCAAGUGGCCGGAGCUGAAGGCCGUCGUCGAGUUCAUGUACAAGGGCGAGAUCAACGUGUCACAGGAGCAGAUCGGGCCCUUGCUCAAGGUCGCCGAGUCGCUCAAGAUACGCGGCCUGGCCGACGUGAACGGCGAGCCCGAGUUCGGCGGCGACGCCAAGAAGUGGUCGGCGGCGUCGUCACAGGGGGCGGCCGUCGCGGCGCACGACCUGUCGCCCGACAGCGCCGCCUCGCCGGCGCACCGCCACAAGAAGCGGCGGCGCGUGUCGGGCGAGCGCGCUAGCCCCGAGGAGGGCGACGCCGCCCCCGGGGGCGGGGAGCCGCCUCCCGUGCCGCCCGCCGCGCCCACGUGCCUCGACAUGUCACUGGCCGCCAACCAGCCGGCACCCCCGCCGCCGCCUCCGCCGCCGCACGGCCUGGCCCUGGGCGACUCGCUGCCCCCGCCGCCGCCGCCGCCCGCCCCGGCGCACCCCGACGACAUGGAGAUCAAGCCCGGCAUCGCCGAGAUGAUCCGCGAGGAGGAGCGGGCCAAGCUGCUGGAGUCGUCGCACGCUUGGCUCGGCGCCUCCACGUCGUCCAUCGCCGCAGACAGCUACCAGUACCAACUGCAGUCCAUGUGGCAGAAGUGCUGGAACACCAACCAGAGCCUGGUGCACAACCUGCGGUUCCGGGAGCGCGGGCCGCUCAAGUCGUGGCGGCCCGAGACCAUGGCCGAGGCCAUCUUCUCCGUGCUGAAGGAGGGGCUGUCGCUGUCGCAGGCCGCCCGCAAGUACGACAUCCCGUACCCCACGUUCGUGCUGUACGCCAACCGCGUGCACAACAUGCUGGGGCCGUCGGUCGAUGGGAGCGCAGACCUGCGGCCAAAAGGGCGCGGGCGCCCGCAGCGCAUUCUGCUGGGCUCGUGGCCAGAAGACCACAUUCAUGGGGUGAUACGGGCGGUUGUGUUCCGCGACCCUCAACACAUCAAAGAAGAACCGCACUUGUCCUACCCGCGCCUUCCAGUGAAUGCAGCACCGUAUCACUCGCGUAACACUCUGGAGCAGCUGGGCGUGCAGGGCUACGGCCAGGCCCCCUGCAGCAACGGGCCAGAGCCCACGGUGUCGCCCGGCGCGGCGGCCGCGGCCGCGGUGGCGGCGGUGGCCCAGGGCCUCAGGCAGCAGAUGUGCAACAUGGUGGCGGCCGCCCAGCACCAGCAGGGGCUGGCGGAGGCCGGCCUGGCGGGCCUGGUGGCGGGCCACUGCGGCCUGCCCCCGGCCAACGGCACGGCCCACGGGGGCCUGCCGCCCUCGCUCUCCCUGCCCUCCCCCGCCAGCCCUGCCGAGUCGGCCGCCGUCAGCCCCGCCCCCUCCCCCGCGGCCAUCGACUUCGGCCUGGCCAUGGCGUACAAGCCGCCCCCCUCCACGUUCGCCUCGCCUCGCCCCGACCUGUUCCACGAGGAGCUGGAGGAGCUGGUGUCGGCUCACCACGACGGGCUGGUGCGCUCGCCCCUCAAGGCCGAGCCCAUCGCAGAGAGCGGCCACGCCGACUAGCCACGGCUGGGCCGCCUGCACUCCAGUAUUUAACAUUAAACACUUCCAAAAAAAAAAAAAAAAUUAGUAUAACUUUAUGAGAAUCUCCAUUGAAUUUCAUUUACCCUGCCCCUCUUCUGAUGAUCAUAACGUUCUAGUGCCAUCAAUUUUGAACAAGGCAUGUGUAGUUAGUGACGUACUAGCGUGAUGUUAACUUAACGAUGUGCAACAAGACCGGUUGUUUGUCUUCUGUAGCUAAGUGUCGUCAUCCUCCCAUCACAUUACGGAGAGAACAUUCCUUUACGUGUAUGCUUAAGUGCACCCGAUGUCGUCUGUCAUCCCAUGAUUGUCUGUAGUGGUUAGGAGAGGUACCUUUCGUGUUUUGUAAAGUAGUUCAACACCAAAGUAAAAAGAAAAAAAUAUAUGAAGAAGUAAAUAAAAAAUAUGUUUUGAAUAAAAAGUAGCACAUUUCAAAAACACCUGCAUGAACGUUUCACCCUGUUGUUAGAUUUGUAAACUGUAAGUGUACAGAUGAUUUAGCGUUUAGAGACUGUGUAGGAAAGUUAUUCUCGAGUUUCUAAGGGAUUUACUGUCGGUGAAGACACAUGUAGCUUUGUGUAAAACUGCAUUCUACUGUGCAAAUUUUGUUCGACCCAAAAUAAAUUGUGGAGAAAAACUCUUUGAUAUGUGAUUUGUUGUUAGAAGUGAAUGCCCACCUAGUGAGGCCAUGUGAGAUUGUCAUUUCGUUGAUAGAUAUACAUAUUGAAAUGAUAUAAAAUAUAUUAUUAACUAUAUCGAUAAAUAUUUAUAUUUUAUGGAAAAAAUGAGAGAGUUUUUAGGGAGCAUUUGAUGUUUUUUGUGCUAUCUGUCUGUUUUACCAAAAUUGAUUGCAUAGAAUAAAUUUUUCUCUCUUGUAAAUGCCAGUAUAGUCUAGUCAGUUUUUUUGCUUUGUAUUGUAUAGCGAAUAAACGUAAAGACGUAUAUUGUAAUUAUUUUUGUGAUUUGUUUGUUUAGGGAAAAGAAAAAUAAUGUACAAAAUUUAUAUGAGUAGUAAAAUUUGACAGAAGAAAUCAUUUUUUAUUAUAAAAAUGCCUUCCUGCCAUUGGGGUAUGCCAAGUUAGAAAUGAAGAAAUUGUUGACUCAAACUACAAAUGUAAAAAGUGAUAAAAAAUAUAAGACAAGUAAAAUAUGAAGAAGUGGCCUUGAAAAUUUGUUUUUUGUUUAUUGAAUCAGUUGAUACAAAGUAAGGUAUUUAAAAGAAUUAAUAAAUCAAGAACAGUGAAUUUGUAGACAACCAUAUUCUUGAUAAAUAAAUUUUUUCUUAAAAGAAACAAAUUUGUAUACUUAAAAAUGAUGAAAAAAGCAAUUUUUAUGUAGCAUUCAUCAACUUGUGCCUAAUUGAACAUUUCUCAUGAAUAGGUUGUACUGCAAACUUCACUUGACGAUGUAUGUAGAAUUAUUAUUAUGAUUAUUAUAAGUGUCCAUUGUUGUUGAGAUUCUUGGCUUAAAUGUGUUCAAAAAGUAGCGAAAAAGUGCCUUCCAAUGUUUCUGACCAUGUGGGAAUAAAUAAAAAGGAAUGUGAUGAAAUUAUGUCAACACUUUUAUCGAGUAUACUUUUUACUGAAAAUAUAAUACUGGGACGUGGCUUUGUUUUGGUAAACCGGUAUCACCCUAAAUGGCACAUUUAUUUCAUAUCUUAUAGACAUAUUACAUAAAGAAGAUUUUUUUGUUACUUAGAUUUAAAAGAAAAUGUGAACAUUAUGGUUUUUUUUUUCACUUAAUUUAUUUUAUUCAUGUCUGUGGAAAUUUUUGGCACUGGAAAAGUCUUGCAAAUGAUCUAGCUCCACAAAAAAAAAAGUAGUGUGUAGCGUAACUGGUGACAGUCGAGCAAGGUGUGAAGGAGUUGAGAGAGACUUGGGGCAGUUUGCGGUAGCCUCCCUUCCCCAGCGCACGUCAACAGCAGUUCCGAGUUCUUGUCCGUGCUACAGUGUUAGGAUUAUUUUUCCGUGUAAACAGUACUAAUAAGCAUGAUGGUGGUUAAAAGUAGUAGUGUUAAAUAGUUGAUACUCGUCUCGUCACUCACACUCCAGCUUACUUGUAAUCAAUAGUUUUAAUUGUAAAAUAAAUAGGAACACUCACAUAACCGGUUAUCAGAUGUAAUUGGCUGCUGUCGAGAUAAGGACCUCUGAACUUCUGAGAAUGCUUGAAACUGCUUGGAGCUGUCUGUAUUUUCUAAAUUGUUGAAACACCAUGUUGAUUUGUCAUUGUGGUUUUCUGUUGCAAGGAUUUUUUGUACAUGAUGUGUCAGAACUUCACAUAGUUUGUGUUUGCAUAAUUUAUUUCAGUUAAUCUGUAUACAGACCCAGUUACAAGGAAGGAAACGUUAGAAAUGUGGUUUUCUGCUUUUAAUCUCCAGUGAAUGUAUUGGAAGUUGUAAUUAGGGUAAUGACAUGUUGUUUGUAAAAAUAAACCUUCUCGUUAGCGCUUUCUAUGGUAUGUGAGUGCCAAAGAUGAUGGUGAUGAUUUCUGUGGCAUCAAUGUGGUCCAAAAUGGUUGUACGAUUGGAAAUUGGACUAUUGUUAACAAUACAGAUUGUAUUUCUUGAUUAAUUUUUUCACUUAUGACGAGCUGCUGAUGCGCAUGUCACAAGUAUUCUUUUUGUAUUUGCAACUUAUUACAGGACAGGAGGUGUGAAAAUGCUUGAAGUUGGAUGUUGUAUGAUUUUUCCCCCCUCCUGUUUUUAAACUCAUGUUUAUAUUACUGUUUCAUUUUACUUUUAAAUCACAGGCUAGAUGUAAAAAAAAAUGUGCUAUCAGUUUGCUAAUGUCAAUAUGUACUUGUGUAUUCAAUAAAAAAAAUAGAUACAUC